AAUGUAUACAUCUCCAUGUUAGUUUAUAGUAACGGAGGGCUUGUUGAAAGUUUUUUAAAAAGUAAAAAAAAAAGAAGAUAAACUAUGCCUCCUAAGAAGAAAGGUGGGAAAAAAAAGAAAAAAAAGACAGCAGAUGGGGAACUGACUGUUGAGGAUAAAUACAAGAAAACUGUAGAAGAAAUUGAAGCGCUUAAAGAUCAGCUAGUCGUUAGAAGAGAAAUAACACGAAAAUCGUUAAACCAAAAUGAAUUCAUGAGAAGCAAGGUAAAAGAUGUUGAGGAGCGCUUAGAAAAGACUGAAAUAGACCAACGAAUGGCUAGUCAAGAUAUGACAAGGAUGUAUAAAACUAUGCAUAAGGAAAUGUCAAUACAAAUAGAUGAAUUGGGAGCAGAAUUAAUCAGUAAACAAGCCGUACUUGAAACUACUCAGCAAGAAUUGGAACAAGUGAAGAAAGAUAAGGAUGAAAUGGAAAGGAAAAAAGAUGAUGAAAUAGCAAGGUUGAAUAGAGCUCUUGAAAAUAUGGAUAGGCAAUAUCGAGAUAUCUUAUCGGAUGCUUUUCACUCACUUAAAGUAAGAAUCGAUGAUGCCAAUUCACAGUGGAAAGACAAGGAAAUAGAUAUGCAAUCUGAAAAUAAACGUAUGCUUAUGGAUUUAGGAUUAUAUCCAUUAAAAAUCUAA